GCAGAGAAGCCUCUGUGUGUUUUUCCUGGCGUGCUGGAGUCUCACACUGAGUGAUUGGAUAAUUGGCAUCACCUGAAUUGCUCCCCUCCCUCUGCAGGCUCUCAUACAUUUACCUACACACACACACACACACACAAGUGAACACAAGUACAGUGUGGGUAUAACACUCAAAUCCAACUGUGGCUGCAGCACAGUAAGAAAACAAUUUAGUUUUAACAUGCUCCGAGGAGAAUGCAGAAGUUGGCUUUUAGUUGUUGCCUCAGUGUUGUUGUUGGGAUAUCACAGCUGUGCACACUCAGUUCAACCAGGUGCCACAGUUCUCCACCAUGCUGCAGUGGAAACGAUUGACUUAAACUUUAACUCAACCAAUAUGACUGACUUUGUUUACGCGAUUUCUGCAAAUGUUGUUGCUAUUGUCUUAUACGGAAGCACCUUUGUCCCUGUCAAAAAGAUAGAGAUGGGCGAUGGGAUGUUUUUUCAGUGGGUGUUCUGUGCCGCCGUGUGGGUUGUGUCAAAGAUUGGGGACGUGAUACUUCAAUCUCCCAAAUUCUACCCUUUGGCGAUGAUCAGCGGGGCGCUCUGGGCCACAGGGAACCUGGCAGUAGUUGUCAUUGUGAAAGCCAUCGGCCUCAGUCUUGGAACAUUAAUUUGGGGAUCCUUCUCUCUGCUGAUGGGCUGGGCCAGUUCAAGAUUUGGCUGGUUUGAAAACACUGCUCAAGAGGUUUCUAAGCCUAUAUUGAAUUACUGUGGAGCUGCAUUGUGUCUUCUGAGCGGCCUGAUCGUGUUCUUUGUGAAAGCAGAUGUGGAGCUGCAUCCUAAUGAUGAAUCCAUUCCAUUACUCAUCGACAGAAGAAUACAUUCAGGCAGCUACGGACCACGUUCCUCAGAGUUCUGGAUAGAUGUCAUCGGACCAAAGAUGAGACGGUUCAUAGGCUGCACACUGGCCAUCAUUUCAGGUCUUCUCUUUGGUUGCACCUUCACACCCAUCUCCUACAUUAAGAGCCGUUCAUCUUGUGAAGACAGUGUCUAUUAUGGAGCCAGCAACUACGAACUGGACUACGUAUACGCCGAGAAUUGUGGUAUUUUUCUUACAAGCACCGUCUACUUUGUCAUCUACUGUGCUGCCAUGAGAAACAGACCCAGAGUUUAUUCCAGAGUCGUUCUCCCAGCUCUGUGUUCUGGGUUGAUGUGGGCAUUAGCUACGUACUGCUGGUUUAUGGCCAAUAACUACCUAAGCGCUGUCAUUACCUUCCCCAUAGUGACUGCGGGAUACGGCCUGGUGGCAGGAUUGUGGGGAGCAGUGGUUUUUAAGGAGGUUAAGGGCUGGGCGAACGGCCUCAUCUUCUUUGUGGCCACCUGUGUGGUCCUCACCGGCUCUGUGCUCACCGCGAUCUCAAAGCUCUAAUGCUACAAGAGCUUGUCAAUCAAGAACAUCUAAUGCUUCCUCCCUCAUUUCCAUCGGCCCACUCGGAGAACGUCCUUGGGAUUGAGUGAGCAUUUUGAAUUCAGUCAGAUUAUGAAAUCCCAUCAACAGUGUUUGCACUCUCACUGGAACAAUGUGAUUAUACUUUGUGAUUGACUUUGAUUAUGGUAAUUAAAUACAGGCACUUGUUAUCAAAAAAGUUUUUCCUAAAUGCUGCACUUUUUACUUUGCACAGAUUUGAAGAUUGUGUGUCACUGAUGCAAUAAAACCAACAUUUAAUAUCG